ACGUUUGACUUACUUCAGUCUCUCUUUGGAUGUUAGUAUACUCCAAGAUGUGGCCACUGCUCAUCGUGAUGAUUGUGCAAGCAGCUGUGAGUUCAGAAGACAUGAAAAGCAAAGCAGGAGUAAACCCUGAACAAUUUAUGAAUAUUAGUGAGAGAAUUCAGUACUGGGGGUAUCCUUCAAAAGAAUAUGAAGUGCUUACAGCUGAUGGGUAUUACCUGAGCCUAAACCGGAUUCCAGGAGGUUCAAAGGGUGCUGUAUUACUGAUACAUUCCCUGGAUGUAGAGGGUGGUAGCUUGGUAGCAAACCCUCCCAGGUCUAGCCCAGCCUUCAUAUUAGCUGAUGGUGGAUAUGAUGUGUGGAUUGGAAAUAACAGAGGGAAUUCAUGGUCUAGAAGACACGAAUAUCUUACAAUUGACCAACAAGAAUUUUGGGAUUUUAGUUUUCAUGAACUGGCUAUCUAUGACUUUCCAGCCUUCAUAGACUUUAUUCUGCAGAAAACUGGACAGGAAAGAAUCUAUUGUGUGGCCCAUGCUGAGGGAAGCACCAUAGUCUUCUUUGCAUUUUCGGUACUGCCUCAACUUGCUUCAAAAGUUAAGAUGCUUUUUGCCUUGGGACCUCCAUAUACACUUCAAUAUAGUAUAGCUCCUCUUUUGCAGCUGCUACGCUUACCAGACAUAUUUCUGAAGAUUAUAUUUGGUACAAAAGAAUUUUGCCUUUUGGGCCCAAGACUGAGAGCACUUAUGGCCCGAACAUGCAGCUGGCCAGUGAUGGACGUACUUUGCAAGCAAGCUCUUUUUCUUGUUAGUGGAUUCAAUGAAAAAAAUCUAAAUAAGAGCCGAACUGAUGUGUAUACAUCGCGAUUUCCAGAUUAUACUUCUGUGAAGCAAAUACUCCACUGGAGCCAGUUAGCCAAAACAGGAAAACCCAGGUACUUUGAUUAUGGCUCAGAGAAUAUAAAGAAAUACAACCAGACUGUUCCUCCCCCGUACAAGAUAGAAGAGAUCACGGUCCCAAUAGCGAUGUGGAGUGGAGGUCAUGAUUGGGUUGCCCGGUCAAAGGAAACAGCACAGUUAAGAUCUCGACUGAAAAAUAUAAUUCAUUACAGACAUUUCUCUGACUGGGUCCACUGGGAUUAUAUUUGGGGCCUUGAUGCUCCUCAGCGAAUGUACUCAGAAAUCCUGAGUUUGAUGGAGUAUAGCUAAAAUUGUUUGGAACUGAGACUUGGUUUUGUUGUUGUGUCACCUGCAUGCUUCAAAAUGAUUGUCUUGUGGUUCAUCUGUUAACUUAAAAGUGCAAAUUUACCUGAUGUUGGAUAGUUAGAACCCCAAUCACCUUUAAAGCCUUAUACAGCCUGGGACCCACAUAUCUGAGGGACCGCCUCUUCCCUUAUAUGCCCUGAAGAGCGCUAUGCUCUAUGGACCAACAUCACCUGGUUGUCCCCGGCCCAAAGGAUGCCCUU